GCCCCAUAUAGAAUCAGUAUACAUUUGUCUACUAACCCAGUCGUAUCUACUUUUGGAUAUUUUUAAGUUUUAACAACCGAACCAUAUUUACAUUAAUACAAUUUUUCUCUUGUAAAUUUUUUCGAUAUUUCGGUAUUUUUUUCGUGCGUAAUUCUCAAAUUCUUUCCGCGAAAAAAAACUUUUAUCCAAAAGAAAACAAUUACAAAAGAUCCAAUCCAAAAUGAUUGCCGGAGUCGGACCGUUGCCAUUUGAUUUACGCGUCAAGAUGCAUCCAUUUUGUUUCAAAUGGCAAUCGUUUUGCUGGAGUAUCCUGAAGGCCCACAGUAUCCUGAUGUUCCUGAACGAGCACAUUAUGACUAUAAUAAUGACACCAAUUCUGAUGUUUUUAAUUGGUUAUUUGAUCAUGUUUGCCAUUAAAUGUCGUAAACAAUACAUAGAGUCGAAGCUGAUUAAAGAAACUCAAUCUAUUAAUCAGCAUUUGGAACAAAUGCGUAUUAUCGCACAGGAGCUUGAAGAGAUAGCUAGAUAUCGGGAUAUGUAUGGAGGAAACAACUUGGACCUUUCGCAGCAGGCGGAGCCAGUGCAGAUGGAAACUGAACAAGGUCGUUGGGCUGGUGGAGCUGCAUCGCCGCCGCCUUCUCUACCACCGACACCGACGCCACGUCCGCAACAACCAGCACAACCACAAAUACAACCACAACCACAACAACGUCAACCACAACCAGAAAAGUCGCUCCCAAAAACCGUUCAACAAAAGAAACGUGCAACAAAUUCCAAAUCCAAAGUUAAGGGAGGCACAUCCAACGGCACCAGCGGAGGUGCUGGGAAGAAACCCGAAGGGAGAUCAAACCGUACAAACCACUAAAGAACCAAUCAAUUUAUCUAUAUUUUGUCGAAGAAAUGGACAAUGGAAAACAUAAACCAAAAUUUGUAGUGAAUGAUCAAAAUAAUUAUGAAACUUCAUAACGAAAUAAAAUUUCGCCUUUUUAACAGUCUCGGAUGAACGUUAACAAACCAAAA